ACCGCCAAAAUCCUCACCACAGCCCCAGAUCCCACCACCCCCUCCCUAACCUACAGCAUCACCAUCCCCAGCACCAACACCAGCACCCUCAACCCCUCCGAAGAUCCCCCAAGGGGGUCCGGACCAAUCUACCUCCGCCUCACCGCCCCGACAACCAUGCAAUGGAUCUCCCUCGGCCAGGGGCCCGACAUGGCCACCGCCAACAUCUUCAUCGUGUACGCCGCCUCCGCCACGAGCGUCACGCUCUCCCCGCGGUCCGGGGGCCAGGGCCAGCCGCGGUAUAAUCCCGCGGCGAAUGUUACGCUGCUCGAGGGGUCGGGGAUCGUGGAUGGGAUGAUGGUCGCGGAGGUGCGGUGUGAGGAUUGUUGGGGGAGCUGGCCUGCUCUGCCUACUGGUGGUGGUGAUGGGGUGGGGGAGGGGGGGGAGACGGCGUGGUUCUGGGCGUAUCAGCUGGGUGCGCCGCUGAACAGUGAUGAUGUCGGGGCGGAGUUGGGGAUGCAUGAUGUUAAGGGGGAGAUGGUGUGGGAUUUGAGGGAGGCGCGGUUUGAGGUUGGUACUGGGGACGACGAGUUGGUGGAGGGGUCUGAUCCUUUUAUUUGA